GUCAUCUCUUAUACAUCUUCACCCAAAGACUUGAAGCUUUUACUAGUUCUCUAACUUUCCAAUUUCACACCCUAUUCUCUAAUUUCAAUCAAAGGAUACUACAUUUUCAUCCUCGGUGAGUCGCUUUUCGAACAAAUUUCACGUUAAAACACCAAUGGAUAAGCUACAGAAGAUGAUCUCCGAGAAGUCAGUAGUGAUCUUCAGCAAAAACUCGUGUUGCAUGUCCCAUACUGUCAAGACUCUCUUCAUAGACUUUGGCGUGAACCCAACGAUCUAUGAGCUAGAUGAGAUCAACAGAGGAAAGGAGAUAGAGCAAGCAUUGGCUCAGCUAGGCUGUAGCCCUACCGUACCAGUGGUGUUCAUAGGAGGGCAGCUCGUUGGUGGAGCUAAUCAAGUCAUGAGUCUCCAUCUCAAUCGUUCUCUUGUUCCAAUGCUUAAGCGCGCUGGAGCAUUAUGGCUUUGAUUUCUAAAUAAAGGGAUAAUUACGUAAAGAAUUAACGUAGCAUGAUGAUAAUAAUGUAAUGAAAGUUAUCAAAGAUGACAAACAAAAACACAUAUACAUCAUACAUGUAUGUAUGAAAUGUUUUGUCUAUCUAAAUUUUGAUAAGAUAGACUAUGAGGGUACCUAUUUUGUAACGUCUGGGUAAACUUUAUAAUAAAAACACUUAGUGUUGGA